AUGGACCUGUUUGCAGGAUUGAUUCACAGCAACGGGAAUGUGUGGAAACAACAUAGGAGGUUCUGUCUCAGGCACCUGAAGGACUUUGGCUUUGGAAAGUCUUCCUUGGACUCAUUGAUUUUGCAAGAAUUUGAAUCAAUGAUGGAUUCCGUGUUUGUUUCAGCUGAAAAAAGGGGGAGAUCCAUAAUUGCGGUUCUUGAUGAGAACCUGAAUGCUGCUGUCACCAAUGUAAUUUGGUGGCUCUUGGCCUGCAAAGUAACUGCACAAGACCAGGAAUUUGUUGAUAUUCUCCGAGUCAUCCAAGUGAGGAUCGACUUCACUAUCCUCAACUUGCUCUCUUUGUUCCCGGGAUUAAACAUCUUCGAUCCUCCUUCAAGAUUCCUGAGAUUUCCGAGUCUGGAGCAGAAGAGAGAUUAUUUCUACGCUUACAUGCAAGUGAGAGAAAUAUUGUAUCUAAUAGAGUUUCAUUUAGUUUUCGGAUUAUCAAUCGAUUCGUUUACGCAGAAAAUUCUUCAGGAGCACAGAGAAACGUUAGAUGCCGAGUCGCCCCGUGAUUUGAUCGACUGUUUCCUAGUCGAACAGAAAAAAUGGCAAAGUUUUCAGGACAAAGAAAAGAAUUACAUAUCCGAUGAGAUGAUUGAGGCGACCUUGGUUGACCUGUUCACGGCUGGAGCAGAAACUACCUCCACCACUUUGCGCUGGAUAGUCCUGAUUUUAAUUCAAAACCCAGCAAUAAUGCGAAAGGUGUGUGACGAAGUUGAUGCAGUUGUUGGGACAGCAAGACUACCCUGUUCUUCUGAUGCAGACCAUGUACAAACCCUAGAGAAAUGGCUGAAGCAGGCCAAGCUCAAAUGUCCUGCCCUUAGUAUGCACUACACUGUAGCAACCAUCUGGGAAGUCUGGAGGUACAUCACCGUUGUACCAUUUGGACUCAACAGACAAGUCUCUCAGGAUAUGGAUAUUGGUGGUUACAGAGUGCCCAAGGGUACCAUUAUUAUAACUUCCAUACUCAGCAUGCAUCAGGACAGCAAAAGCUUUGAAAAUCCACAUGAAUUCAGACCAGAAAGGUUUCUAGAUGCUGAAGGAAAUCUUAUGAAGAACAUUCCAAGGAUUAUGCCUUUCCAAUCAGGGAAGAGGCAAUGUUUGGGAGAGAGUCUAGCCAGAAGGACAACUUUCCUUGGACUGACCUACCUGUUGCAAAAUAACACAUUCGAGAUGGUUCCUGGUGAGGUUUAUGACCUGGAACCAAAGCAGGAGUCACAGAUCUUGAACCUUCCAAAACAAUUCAAAGUGAUGAUCACAGCCAGACAUUCUUGAACAUGAUGAAGACCUGCUGCUGCCUUCCUGUAUCAUAAACUAUGACCCAUUUUUCCCCUCAGUGCAAAAAAGCGUAUGAUCUAAGAUGCUGUGCAGAGC